CCUUGCCACCUCAGCCGUGCCACUUCGACUACACGAAGAUUACCACGAAGAUGAUGCACUUGUAGUUCAACCAAACCCCCCACCGCCGGCCCUCGGCAAUGUUCUGUCGCGUUUAUGAGAUCUACCUGAUCGGCAAGCCGUUCAACGAAGGCGGUAUCAUUCACGACACGGCACUUCGCGGGGCACCUUACUGUGUACUCCAUCAAUAAAAAUAGACUGGGGACGACUUCGGUCUUAGAAGCAAGUGGAAGCCUUCAUUGGAUCCCUCCGCACGGACAUGUCGCACAUAACACGUCGGCUGCUCUCCAUUACCACUCCUAGACGUUCCUCUGCAGCUGAAGCAUGUUCCGAGCUACUUGAGAGAUUCGACAACAAGCCUGUCUCCAUUCGCAGACAGCUCUUGGAUCGCAACCAGACACAAUUAUUAUCUCUGACACUUGGGCGACCAGAGAUACACAAGGGUGUUUCCAUAGCAGACUCUCCUCCGGCUGAUGGCACACCCUUACCUCCCGGCUACCACCUGGUAUACUUCACUCCUGCCAUCCUCGAGCAGGAUCUCGGUCGCGAUGGAACAGACAGGACCGUGAACCCUAUCGCCCCUUACACCCGCCGCAUGUGGGCCGGCGGCGAGUUGAAAUGGAGUCAAGACCCCUCCUCAUUCCUCCGUGUAGGCCAAACAAUACAGGAAACCACAAAGCUUCUCUCCGCGGUUUCCAAGAAGCUGAAGACAGGUGCCGAUAUGCUCGUCGUCGGCGUGGAGAAGACGUACACGACAGAAGAGGGGGACGUCGCGCUCAUAGACAACCGCAACUGGGUGUUCCAGGAGGAGAUUGUCACGCCCCAAGCACCACCCCCGAGGCCGAAGGAGGAGCCCUUUCCUGAAGGCCGCCAUGCGAGGGACUUUUGCCAGACGGGUGUUACGCUUUUCCGGUUCAGUGCGCUGACGUUUAAUGCACAUAAAAUCCACUAUUCACCACAGUGGUGUCGCGAGGUAGAGGGUCAGAGGGAUAGCGUUGUGCAUGGGCCAUUGAAUCUCAUCAAUAUUCUGGACUUCUGGAGGGACACCGCGAGGGGAAGUGAGGAGGGUGCCAUACCGAGGAGUAUCAGUUAUAGGGCUAUGUCUCCGUUGUAUGUGGGGGAGAAAUAUAGGUUGUUGUUGGAAAGGACGACUGGUAAGGAAGAGAAUGGAGGUUGGAAAGCGACGAUUUGGGAUAGCUUUGGGAAGCGGAGUCUGAAGGGCGCGAUUGAAGAGUGAGUGGUCAUCUCCAGCCCAUUUGAAUUGGUGGAUCCCACAAGUCCGUUCCUGAUGGAGGUUCUAACCCUAUGACAUCUAUUUGUUCUCGGUGCCGGCAGGCUGAAUACAGAUUGUUCUCUUCCCACU